GGGAUGAUAAGGAGAACGCAAGCGCGAACCUAUCGACCAGCAAACCCUCCGGGUAACACCCUCGCGAUUCUCGGUCGAGGCUCACUGCUUCACCGGCAAACUAGUGGGUAGUACACGCACGCGACACAGAUUUCAACUUGGAUUGUUUAGUUUCUCCUUUCUCACCUCUCUUAUUUCGUCCUUUCCUUUUGGAUUACCUUACGUUGAAGUGUUAUCCCGGAAACUCCGCAAUCGCAAUCGCGAUCGUCGUCGAACGAGACCAAAGGCUCAUCCACCAUCCCCGAUCCCCUCGGUACCGCGUGACGUGGAGAACAGAAAGAUAGCCGCGUACACGAGCAUUAAACAGGAAACGAUAAGAAUCCUACGGUUUUCGUCGGAAGGACGAAGUCGGUGUUAACCAGCAAGAUUACCGGCCGCGGCGGUUGCGCCAAAUAUUGUGGUACAGCUCCUUCACCCGGCAACAUUUCAUUCUCCAGCUUUCGACAGUCUUUCACUUCCAAUGUUAACUACCUGAAACGGAGCUUGUCUUCCAGGUUCUCGUCAGGGGAUUUGAGCUCGGAGCUCGACGAUGAACCAAGCACAGACUCCGGGCUGGCCUCCAUGGCCAGGGAUUCGUCCCAAUCGUAUCAAGGGGGACCCGAUCGGCCUCUCCAAUCUCAGCCAACCCCAGUACCAGCUAGCCAGACACCGGUACCUGGAGCACCUCCUCCAGGUGCCACUCAGCAGGCUGGAGGUGAUCUCAGUCUGAACCUGAGGCCUGGAUCGAGAACCACCAGUGCACCCUCCUCGCCAGCCAAGACCCGAGAGAGUUUGCUGCAGAGGGUGCAGAGUUUGACCGGGGCUGCUCGCGACCAGGGUGCAUCCAUCUUGGGAGCGGCAGUGUCCGGCGCAACGAGGGGGCCGUCUUACAACAAAGACCGAUGUUUUACCUUGCUGGUAAUCGAUGACCAGAACACCGACUGGAGCAAGUACUUCCGGGGUCGUCGACUCCACGGUGAUUACGAAAUUCGGGUCGAACAGGCGGAAUUUCGGGAAUUGUCGUUGACGGCCAGCGAGGCUGGCACUAUUGUGUCCAUGGCAGUUUAUCGUAACGGGACCAAAGUCAUCCGAUCCUUCAAGCCUGAUUUCGUCCUGAUACGACAGAACCUUAGGGACGCGGGAGAAGAUUAUAAAAAUCUUCUUCUUGGUUUGAUGUACGGUGGUAUACCAAGCGUUAACAAUCUCACGGCAAUUUAUAACUUUCAGGAUAAACCUUGGGUGUUUGCGCAUUUACUCGGUCUCCAGCGUCGUCUUGGAAAAGACAAUUUCCCGUUGAUCGAACAGACUUUCUAUCCCAAUCAUCGUGAAAUGGUAAGCGCAUCUCGUUAUCCGGUUGUGGUGAAACUCGGACACGCCCACGGUGGAGUUGGAAAAGCUCGUGCCGAGACGAAUCAAGAGUUUCUAGAUCUCGCCUCGCUGGCUGCUUUGGCGAACGUUUACUGCACGUCGGAACCGUACAUCGACACCAAGUACGACGUGCACGUGCAGAAAAUAGGCAAUAACUACAAGGCGUUCAUGCGGAAGAGCAUAAGCGGAAAUUGGAAGUCGAACACGGGUUCGGCGAUGUUGGAGCAAUUAGCAGUGAGCGAAAGACACCGAACUUGGGUCGAUCAUGUGGCCCAAUUGUUCGGGGGAUUGGACAUAUGCGCCAUCGAGCUGUUGGUCGGAAAGGAUGGUCGGGAAUACAUAAUCGAGGUGAACGACAGCGCGUUGUCGUUAAUGGGCGAUUCGCAAGAGGAGGAUCGUCGUCACAUUGCGGAUCUUGUUACCGCGAAGAUGCAGGCAUGCUGCCGUCCUCCAAGCAUGCUGACGAAAACAGCGUCCAGAGGGUCAAUGUCUGGCUCCAGUCAAGCGACGAGCCCUGUUGAAGAUCGCACUGCACCACCAACCGCACCACUGGGAUCUCACGGAAGUAUGGGCUCCAUGGCGAGCAUAGGAAGCUUAGGGUCCGUGGGGUCCACCACUGCGUUGGCAGGCGACACGACCACUUCCGAUAGUCAUCAUCAACUGCAGCGUCGUGAUUCGCAAGCAUCACAAUCGAGUACAGUGAGCAGUGCUCCUUCGGUCGGUAGACGUCCAGAGGAAGUUCCAACAUCGAGAGUACCUUUCCACAGACAGGGCAGUCAAUCUCAGAGCGAAGAUACCGAGGAUACGAUGAAAAAUCUGCGGAAAACCUUUGCUGGUAUCUUCGGUGACAUGUAAAUUUACUGAACGGAUGUACUGAAGCAAAGGAAGUCAUAGUUGCUGCAAUUUAAGUUAGACGAAAGAAAAAAGGUAUUUAAGGUGAAAAUGAGUUGAUUUAAAACUCUUCCAUUCAAAAUCAUUCCUUUUACACGUAAUUUACGAUUAACUUCCGAGAAGUUUACGGAUAGUUUUACGUUUGAGUGUAAAACUUUAUUGGAGACACUCGGCACGUAAUGUACUUUAAUAAACGUUAGGAUUUAUUGGAGAGCAAGCGUGACACCGAUAUAUUUGCAGAUUAUCGAGGGUAAUUAAAUGACACUCGCAUCGAGCGCGAUAUAAAGAUGUACAUUUUGCUAACGGUCCACGGCGAUGUGUAAAAACAUAAAACAUAACUCGUUAACGUUUUGCAUUCGUUGAAAAUAAUUUUAUCUUCAACUCGUCUCUUUUUGCGAUUGCAUUGUAUUAAAUUAAGAAGGAUGUAAAGUUUGUUCUUAUCAGCUAUCGCAUAAUUUCGUUUCAAUCUUUUACUAGGUCGAGGUCGGGUGCUUAGUGAGUCAGUAAAUGUGUGUAUUUUUCGAUAAUGGGAGGGUGAACGAAAAUUAAGGGGGAUUUAAAAGAGUGCCGUGGUCGUUUAUGUAUAUUAAAGAAUGAAAAAAUAAAAAAAAGAGUAAUGUAGAUUCUAUGUAUUCGAUGUAUUCAGCAUUUAAAUAGCGGCUAGAAGUAUUCUCAGGUUAAUACGAGUAAAUCAUAGUUUUCCAUGCGUGUCCGGUUAUGUUGGCUUACCAUCGACGUAUCCGUUCUGCAUACUCGUCUGUCUCGUUUUACGGGAACCGUUGCCACUUGGUUUUUCGAUUCCAACAGGAAACAGUACCAUAGAGGCCCCUGUCAUCUCCUCAUCCGACUUUACUUCAGGCGUCUACUUUUUAGGCUUAACUUUCGAUUAUUAAAAUAGACAUUUGUCUAACAAGAAGGAAAGGAACGAAGAAGAAGAAGAAGAAGAAGAAGAGAUGAGAUAAAAAAAAAGAAAGGAAGAAAGAAAGGUUGGAUUAUAAAUUUGAAUGGAUGACGAAAGAUUUACAGUGAAAUAUUUGUAAAAUUGUUAAAAAGUAUUUAUAAGCCGACGUCAUUCAACGAUGAUUGAGGAAACCAAAAAAGAGGAGAUUCGGGCAUUAUACUUGAACAUUUGGCUAGAGAAGGCUACGUAGAUCGGUUGCUGGUCGAUCGAAUGACUUUCGGCCAGUUUCUAAGAACAAGAUCUACGUGUCUGUAUCUUAAGCGCACAAAUAGUCAUUAAGAUUUCGAGAACGGACAGUAGGUUGACAUCGUGCGUGCGAGUAAGGCAAACACGUUUGGACGAAACGGCGAGAAAAUUCUUCAGUGAUUCGUCGGUUCUUAUUCAUGUAACUACACUUUUCGGCUAAGGAAAAUUCAUCGACCGACGAUCGUUCGAUUUGGUUCAGUCAAAAUUGGUCGCUUCGGAUAGAACGAGCAGCUCGAUGUUGAAAACUGUCCUGCAUUCUGAUAACGAAUUGCUUCUUUUUUCUUCGUAAUUUUCGUCGUCGAUGUCUCGAAAAUUCGCGGGGAAAAAGAGACGUUCGUUGCUCCGUAGAGUUUAAGAACAAUACCGAAUGAAAUCAAAAUGUUUAUAAACGGGUUCGUGAACUAGGAACGGGAAGCGAAAGAUGAAGCGACCGCUAGGUGUCGCGGGAAUGAAGAAACCACGGGCAUUCUCUGCUUGCGAUUAUUCGAUCGAGUGAAAUUUCAAAUAUUCUGAGAAUAAAUCAUUGAUAAUCUGCAAAUAUAGUCGCGUUCACCUGCUUGACACUGAUUUACAAAAGCUUCUUUGACUCGGUACCGACUGGAUAGAAGGGAAAUCGAUAAGUGACGAAUAAAGGAAGAAAUAACAUAACUUCUUUAUCCAAUGAUCUCAAUUUAUCUUAGCUUAAGGGCUGAUAAACGUAUUACGACGAAGACAGACCUCGUGGUGUCAGCUUUGAAAGGAAGAAAAUAGAAUUGUAAUUCCUUCCAACAUUUAGUUCCUCCUUAAUUUCGUAUUUCGAUAUACUUUCAUUCCGAUAGAAGUUACAAACUUAAUUUCAAUUAAUUUAGUUAAUUCCAAGAGUACGAUAAGACACGCGUAGGAUUGCGAAAGGAAAGUAUUGCCUCUUCUUGCUUUCGAUUCGACUUAAUCAAAGUUAUUCCAAUCGGUGUUGACAUUUAGGAAUACAAUUGUAAGCAAAGAUGUGAACUUAAUCCAUCCUGUACUGCACAAUUAAUAAUCGAUCAAUAUUUCACAAGUGUCUAGCUUUAGUUAGAAGGGUUAGUUACUCGUUAGAAGAGCAAGGUUACAAAUUCGUUUCCCAAUGUAAUAGACGUACGACGAUUUGGUUUUCGAUGUGCCUUGAUACUUAAGUGUCCUUCUUGUCACGUUUCUCACUGAAUUCAAAACGCACGGAAUAACGAUCGCGUUUUUUAAAAAUCCACACACCGUCACCGUGCACUUAACCGUAAGAUCAGUUGUUUGUACUUUUUAUAUAUACAUAAUAUCGAAAAACACGUGCACGCCAUAUCGCACGAUCAUCGCAACGAGCUGUUUCUUCUUCAUCGCAUAUUCUCGGCAUCGUGGAUAAACGCAGAUACACCGUCCAACUACGGAGAUCGAACAGUCAUUCGAAAAUUGCGUUCUCGAACAAAACCGAGCGUUCGAUUCGAUUCGCAUCGUUCGAUCACAUUCACGGUAGCACGGCAUCGCGAUAUUAAUUAAACGUUUAGUCGCUUCAGCAUUAGUUUAUCUUGAAAUGUGCACUGGUCAGACGUAGGGGUCUUUCUUUGGCUUGAAAAUUUCAUUCAGAUCAAUUGUCCACGCGACAGGCAAUGAUUCGUAGGAAGGAUAGAGCGUGAAUCGCGGGAAUAGAUCAGAACCUUCGGAGUUAGCGUAUCAAAGCUGUCUAAUUUCACAAUUUUCCAAUUAACAGAUCAGGACGAACGUGAGAUUAGAAUGUUCAGAGUAGAGUCAUCGAAACGGUGUUGCAAUGUAACGACGAGAUAAAUUCUCGUACGUAGAUCACGGACAAUCUUAACAGCUGGAGUCGCUCGAUCAAGUACAAAGCUUUCUGCAAUUAGAAGCUGAAGAGACACGCUUUCGGAGCUGACGCCACGACGCGGAGAAACGAAACGAAAGCUCGAUAGACUGGUUAUGAACAGCGUGUUCGAUUCGUACUGUUUACGUAGACGCGGUUAAAGAUAACGAAUAUCUCAGGGGUGCAAGUUUACGCACUAGCUAGGAUAGAAACAUAGAAGAGGCAGUUGGGUACAUACAAGUGUUGCAGUCUAGAGGAAUCAACGGCAUUGACUUCGAUCACUGUGACGGCAAUUAGCGAUACGCUUCGUCGGAAAUAUCUUAGCGAUUAUCCAUUUAAAGGGCAAAUUUGGAAUCGUAUUAACACAUUCACUGCCAUCCAUAUAAUGAGUAACCCUUGAAUCUCCAUGGGAGUCCAUCAUUCGUAUAAUUCAGCCUGGCAGUCGAUGUGUUAAGGAAAACGAUCAUCCGUUUAACGUCUGUGACUAACGAGAGUUGACAAAUAUAUCAAUGAUUCCUUUGACGGUAAUAUUUUACCGACAAGCGUUUCAUUUAGACAAUUAUCGUAAAUGAUUACGACUGCACUUACACGCACCUAAUAGUAUUCAUAAAGAAAACGUAAAGCUGGGGUCGAUGCAAUUUUCAUAAAUAAUCACAAAUAAUUGUUAACGUUAGUCAUUUUGUGACGUACAUUAUAGAAACUCUUACAAGUUAUUUUCGAAGCAAUUUUGAAAAAUUUUCAGUUCGACCCGAUACUUUCUAAGAAGUAAACUUCUAGAUUGUUGCAUUCGUAGGAAUUUAUUUUUGCAAUAAUUAUGUACGUUCUAAGUAUGGUGUACGGAUGAUCGUACGAAUCAGACAUCGAUCAAACGGACAUCAUCGAGCAUUUCGUUGCUUGAUCGUGCAAGAAUCCUUGAUCAACGACUUUUAACAUAUUCGUUCUAGUGCCCGUGUGAUGUAGUGAGCAGCCAUUGUUAAACAUACAUGUUCGUUAAUUUCAAUGUACACUAGUGAACCAUAAUUUGUAGAUAGCCACGUGCUAGCAAUACCAAACUAGGCUAAUGGAUUCUCUAAAAAAAGAUUCGCACCAUCUCGCGUCUGGUUUUUUCACGGUGUUUUUCCCGAAUCAAUCUUCUUCGUUGUCUGCUAUCAUUUUCCUUGUUGCCGGAAGUAGUGCUACGGUUAAGCUAAUCUAUUUAGAAUCCUUGCGUCACUCGAUACCGUUGUUGGCUAAGAGUUAACCUUCCGUAGAUACUUUAAGGUCGUGGAACUAAGCUUAGAUGCCUUGGAUAACGACAUCGCGUGUGUGUGUUCCGAUAAAAGAGAAAAGGAAUUAAAAAGAUAUGUAGGAGGAGAGGAAACAAGAAGGAUUGAUGAGGCUGAUAACGCUGCAAUAGGGUACUUUCGUGUUACCAUCGUGAUUUUUCGUCGUUUUUCUCGCGAUACUUCAUUGGGCUCAUUGGAGAAUCGCGAGAUAAGCUACGAAAUAAAUGUAAUAGUCUAGAGUAUAUAGAGAUAUGUUAAGUGAAGAAGAUCCUAAUAAUCUCGCCGAGAAUAUCGGGCGUUCGUCGAUGAAUAUCGUAGGCGAAUCAUUAACGUGAUUAUCCAACUAACGAUCUUAAUUUCUCACUUGCUGUCAAUUUUUAAUAAUUCAGAAUAUUAUUCCUUCAUUUUUCAGUUUAAACUUUUCACUAAUUACCUCAUUACAUAUGAGAAAUUUUUUAAAAUUUAUUUUAGAAUCCUUCACUAUUUAUUAUUCCUUGGUAAAUAUAUCAAACUGUGCGAAAUCACUACAACGAAUAUGGAAUGGAUGAAUUGUAAAUCGAACAUUUUCGCACGAUUAAAAGAAUCGUAUUUAUUUGGAUACAUCACGUCUUAUGUCUCGAUAGUACGAACGCUCCUAUGAUUAUAAUUAUUCAGUGUCUCUGUAUAACGAACCCUAAGAUAACAAUAAUACUAACAAUAACAGCAAUUAUUAAGGCGAAAUUAUUAUCAUAGUUAAGCUAGCGAGUAUGUUAGACCCUGUAUGUAACCUGUAUGUUAUCUCCUUGAUUUCAAAAUGAGUGCUAGUCACAUGUACUAUAAUCACUUGACUCUCGUACUCUCAAAUAACACGACUAUAUAACGACGAUAAUGCAUAAACGUAUAUUAUAAAGUAUGAUACGAGCCAGGGGCAACAUUAUUGUUCGAUGGAUAUAACGACGUUGUAAGGUGUAAGGAAGAUUUCAGGUCUAAUUAAUUGUAAAUCGAUCGGAAUGCUAUAUAAAUCGAGGAGAAAAAGAAACAGCGAAUAUAAUUAAACGAGGUAACGUCCACCUGGUGUCUCUGAUUGUUGAUCGUCUUCUUUAGAUUGUGUUUAUAUUAGGUGAUUUUUUUUUAUCAAAUUAGAAGUGUAUGUUUAAUUAAGAAAUCGAAGAAGAGUAUUUUAGAUGGCUUUGAGGUGGUAAUUUCUAUACUCGUUAAUUUUGUGUUAGACUUUUUCGUAUUUUCCAGAGAAAUAACCCUGAUGUAAUUUUAUUUAUUUCAAUUGGCCAACGAAAAAUUAUUUAAUAUAAACGCCGUUUGACGAUUUCCAAAUAGAGUCACCCUCAAGACGAUCCUCAGUUUAUGUCGAUAUUCGAUAUCAAUUGUAACGACAAUAUAAGGUAAUAACGAGGGGGAUAUCAUUCCUCUCGAAGGAGACAUGUGUGAGAGUAGCGUUAGUAUUAAAUCUCGAUGUUGUUCUCUUUCGCGACGCGCGUAUCCCUGAUGCGUCGCGAAAUCACUUAGACCUUUCCCUUUGGAUCCAUUCGCGAUCGAACGUUCGAACGUUGUUCCACGAAGGACGAGAUUCGAGUUCGAUCGCGCGAUUCGAUCGGACGUUGCAUCGUCGAUCGCGUUUUCUCUGUUUUCUUUUUCUUUUCCUCCGCACCCAUAAUUAAGACUGCUCGAAAACACAUAAGUUAUGGUUUCGAGCGUUUUGAUUAUAGGAUAUCGAGUGAACAACAACGAAUGAUCGCGAUCGAGGGACGACGAUCGUCGCCGCGACGUCCAUCGUAUUUCUCAAUCGAAUCGAACGCAACUAAUCACCGAUCCCACGAUCGUACGACCAUUUAUUACCGUUCUAUCUAGCCACUAUGUUAAACACGAAGGAAGAAAAGGGAGGGUUGUUAAGCGAUUGCGUAAAAUGCGAGUUCUAUCUGUCAUCGUUUUAGCUGUUAAGGAUUCAUUCAUCACCGAAAUAUAAAUGGGGGUAGCUCUAAACUAUGUUAAGCGCAGCACAUUGAGAAUUCGAGAGACAAACAAGAAGAUAUGUAGUACAAUGUAUAGGAUUGUGUAUAGAUAGAAGAGAGGACAUGUGUAAAGAGAUAGUUGGGUGCACGUCGAGUGCUCGUUAUCGAUCGUUCAAUGAUAAAAAACAAUAUCCAUCCAAAAUUAUUCAAUACGUAAUCAAUUGUCGAUUAUUUUUUGAUCGUAUCGAUUAGGUGUGGAAAAGUGAGGCCAGUAGAUAACGAGCACGAAAUUUCAUGGAGCAUCAAAGAGGUCUUCCCGAUGAUAUAAAAAAGGAUCAACUACACUUGAUGCCCUGUGAUCAUUUCAUGGCCUUAAUUAAAUUUUCAUCAGGAGUCAAGUAUCUUUGUCGUCGCACGACGGGACUGGUUAUUAAUCGCAACGAUGAUUUAAAACGUUCGCAGACGACAAACAGAACGCGAGAGGUACGAUCAAUCUCCCGUUGAUUCGCUGUUAACACGAGUUAGGAACGCGAGAUAUUCGACGAAGACUGAUUCGUUCUUUCGCACAGUUUUCCACGCGACGUCAUUCAGAGCAUUUUGAUACGUGGCGUGAUGUGGAAAAUCUCUGAGCGAAAGAUCGAUCGAAAAAAGUAAUCCACUUAAGCGAUGAUUUUUCAGAGGGUUUGAUUAAAUUGUUUGAACACGAAGAAUCGAUGGUGACACGCUACUUUGAUCAAUCGUCGCGUGUUUCUGGAAUUCAUUAUAUCGGAUUUUUUGUUGUUGCGUGAGAUGUUCGACGUGGCCCUUGAACAGACAGCACGGACAUACGUUACAGAAUUUCGAAUAGAAUCGUGUAUCAUCCUCUCAUCGGACAAAUAUUACCAUAUUUGACUGUGAAACGUGCGGAACGUUUUGGAGGUCGUUAUGGUUGUUAAUACAUUGAAAUGUUAAGAACUCUUAUGACGAAUUGAGCUGUCUCAUUGUGUUAUGUACACACAUUUAUAAAUAUAUAAAUAUAUAUAUAUAUAUACAUGUUGAAGUUACAAUUAUCAGUAAAUAAUGUUCAUACUAAGCAGCGUAAUCGACGAAUGGCAUGCACUCAAGAUUAUAAUGAAAAUGUUAUGAUACUUCCGAAGUCGAGUUGCGCAGAGUUGUUUCAGAACUUGACGAUAAAUCCUAGUAAAUCUGUAAACGAAGACAAAGGUAGUGAACGUAAAAAAAAAAA